AGCAAAAUAAAAUAGAAAGAAGAGAGGAUCGUUCAGUUUGGAAGCGUGAAUAUCAAGCCUACUACAGUCAGUCACACUCGCCCCGUGGAAGAAGUAUUACAAUUAGCAAUGGCACCAGCGUCCACCGCCCAAGAGAGCCGAUCGAGGGACCUCGACAAGCUCCUCCUCCGCCCCGGCAAUCUCGUUGGACCCAGCUUCGAACCCGGCCCUGGACUACGAGAUGAUCUCAAAGAGUACGCCAGAGUUUUGGUGGUUGGGGCUGGUGGGUUGGGCUGUGAGCUGCUCAAGGACUUGGCUUUGUCUGGUUUCCGGGAGCUCGAAGUCAUAGACAUGGAUCGCAUCGAGGUUUCCAAUCUCAAUCGCCAGUUCCUCUUCAGACUUGAAGAUGUAGGUAAGCCAAAGGCUGAGGUGGCUGCGAAACGUGUCAUGGAGAGAGUUAGUGGUGUAAAUAUCGUUCCACAUUUUUGCCGGAUCGAGGAAAAGGAGCUUGAAUUUUAUAGUGAUUUCAGUAUCAUCGCCCUCGGUCUUGAUUCCAUUGAGGCUCGGAGCUACAUCAAUUCUGUUGCUUGUAGUUUUCUUGAGUAUAAUUCUGAUGAUACCCCACAAGAAGAAACCAUCAAGCCUAUGGUAGAUGGAGGGACUGAAGGUUUUCAAGGACAUGCUAGGGUCAUUGUUCCAGGGGUCACUCCAUGCUUUGAGUGCACAAUCUGGCUUUUCCCCCCUCAAGUGAAGUUCCCUCUAUGCACCCUUGCAGAAACCCCUAGAACUGCUGCUCACUGUAUUGAAUAUGCUCACUUAAUCAAAUGGGAUGAGGUACAUAGCGGAAAGUCUUUUGAUCCAGAUGAUCCAGAGCACAUGAAGUGGGUCUAUGACGAGGCUACCAAGAGAGCUGAGCUUUUCGGUAUUCCAGGAGUUACAUAUUCUCUUACUCAGGGUGUUGUGAAGAACAUCAUACCAGCUAUUGCUUCCACAAAUGCAAUUAUAUCAGCAGCAUGUGCACUAGAGACAUUGAAGAUUGCAUCUGGAUGCAGCAAAACACUAUCAAAUUAUUUAACGUAUAAUGGUGCACAAGGUCUCCACACAAAAGUGACUGAAUUUGUCAGGGACAAAGACUGUCUUGUAUGCGGACCGGGUGUUCUUGUUCAACUGGACACCUCAAUUACUUUGCAAAAGGUUAUUUUCUAUAUCCUUUGAUUGGCUAGAAUUUGGUUUCUGUGAACGUAUCUUUGGAGAAAAUUUAGUUUUGGCGACAUUCAUGUUUAAGUUUCUAAGUCCGGCAUAUUAGUCUUUGUGGUUAGUGUUCCUAUAACUGGAUUCUAAUAGUUGUCUGAUGAAAGCUAUUGUAUGUUUAGGAGGCAAAUGCUAUACUAUCUUUUAGUUAUGAUCCUUUUGAUCUUAUGGUUAAAACCUUCUGCAUAGUGAUAUUUAUACUCCUUGGUGUUGCUUUUGAUGUCAGCUCUACUUGUUUUGUGUUAUAUUUUAAAAGGUUCGUUUAACUUAAGAAAUGAAAAGUGAUUCUAGUUUCUAAGUGAACAAAGUCGGUAUCGCACCAAGGUGUUUUGUUGUGACUACCAACGAUGCCUAAAUCUCAAGCUCUCAAUUAAGAAAGUUGUUAAGACUUCUCAUCUUUGUCAUUUCUCCUUUGUCAAAAGUGAA